AUGACUCGUCGGAAGCAACAAGACUGUACCCUUGUCAUGGAACACUCAAAAGAUGACUCAGCAUUCUUUGACAGUGUCGCCUCAAGUUCAGAAGGAACUGAAAUCGACGCCUCUCAACUGAUGGCUCUGUUGGAGCAACACUCUGCAAACAAUUCAGUUUUAACAGAUGCUCCAAUCGUUGCAUCUCUACUUAAGAAGAAUCCAAUGGAUAAAGAACUGUCACCUCUGACGGCGGCACGGGCCAACGAGAUUCUAUUUGCUGCGGGAAUGCGUCCACAUAAAAAGACUUCUGAAAUCUGGGAACAUUAUAAAUGUCUCAAUGAAAAGCAGAAUGUGGAAUGUAUCUAUUGUUGGAAAGUUCUCAAAAGAAAUGACAGUAGUACAAAGUCAAUGUGGGGUCAUAUGAAUGCAUAUCAUCAAGAUAUUCUCAGAGAUGGAACAACCCGAAAGAAGGUCAAAAGACCUGCUGGGUCAGGAGGCAUGGAUUUUGAUGAGACUCCAACUCAACCCUACGUGAAACGUGUACGCGGAGGAGGUAAUUCAUCAUCAAAUCCAGCGUCUCACGGCCUCCCAUCAAUGGUAAAAAUGGAUCAGAAACCAAUGCUCGAUUCCAUGGCUUUCCUCCAACAACUCCAACAAUCUGGAUCUCUAACUGAAGCUGAUUUCUCUUCUUUUGCUAAUGGAUCAUCCCUCAAUUUCCUCGAUUCUCUUCCAAAAUCUUCAGAAGUUAUCAACAUUAACAGUGGAUUUGUGAAAAAAGAAGAGCUGGAAGAUGAUACUGAAAAUCAUGUCGAGGCAGCCUCAUCUUCAAGUUCCGAUGAACCAAUUCGUAAAUCUGAAAGUCCGGAUGUAUACGGAUCUCCAAAUACCUCUUCAAAUGAUCAAAAUGAUCAACUCGCGGCAUUUGUGAGCAGUCUUUCUAAUACCAAUCCAAUGAUGUUUGCAAUGCUCAAUGCUGCUGGAGCAGGAAAUUCUUCAUCCCCUCAAUUCCAAAGCACCCCUAAAAUACCGACACCAAGUACGGUAAACGGAUCAACUCGAUCUGGAUCACCACCUUCCACUCAUGACACAUCAAAUGGAUCCAUGUCACCAUCAAAAUUGGAAAAAGAUCCAUCAUCAUUCUCAUUGAGUGAAGGACAUUGUGCAGCUCAAUUGAUGUCAAUGGCUCUUGAUUUGGAAAUGACAAUGUCUUAUCACAAAAGAAGGUCUGAUAUCGAGUUAUGUUUUGAAAGUAACCGAACUGUUGAAGAAUUAGAAGGAUGUAGAAAAGUAAUUUGCUUAACCGAUCUCGGAAAAGAAAUUAGAAUAACUGAGCGAGUUAAUGGAGCAGUUAAGGACACCGAACUUUGGGUCAAAACAGAUUUUAAUCAAUUCCAUUGGGCAAUUCGUGGAAAAUGUCAGAAAUGUUUCAACAAAACUACCGUUUGA